UUGUGUAAGGGCACGUUACGUAUGAGGGCUUUAGAAGCCAGCGGGCUACAAAUGCAGUUCCUUGCCGCACUGAAAACAUUGAUUUAACCGCCAACUCGGACUGUGAACCAACCAUGAAAACGAACAGGGAGAAAGUAAUUGGAAGUCAAGUCAUUUCAGCCGAACUUGUGGCUGGACUACUACUCAGCAUAGCGUAUAGGAUGUGUUCCAGUUUGGCUUUUUCUUCAGAGGGGGGACGCGUCAGUGACGAAAGCGCGCAGUUUGAAGUAACGCGCUCACUCGUAUGUGUGUGGGUUGCCAGUAAUAUUAAGUUCAUUUUCUUCAAAAGCAACAACCAUCCACUUUCUCUGUCUGCUCAUUCCGUCUCCAGGCUUGUUGCCUUCCUUUCACUGUUGGGAGUCUGCAGAGAGGCGCACGUUCAAGGAACAGACUGCAGACAUCUUCCCAUGGUGGACGUGGCAGUGUUCUUAUUCUUUCUCCUAAGCAGUUUGAUUCUUUUGAUCUUGGAUCACAAUCAGUUGAAAGGCUCUUUGAAACGAUCUGAACUGCUCACUAAGCCCCAGAGGUUUUUCCUUCAAAUAGAUUUUUUUGCCAACUUCAUUUGUGGCCUCAUGUGGUUGGUUUUUCCAGGAUGGCUUCUUGGGUCACAGAUUACUGGAUCUGAGGAUUAUCUUUAUCUCACUCGGGCAUUUGGAGCUAUGAUGGUUGGAGACAGCUUUGUUUCUUUUACCACUCAGAAACAAAUGGGAACCAAUGAGGUAUCUGUCUUCAGCAGCCGGGCUGUGGGAACUUCGGCGGUUGUCAUCUUCAUGAUCCACACCCAGCUCACCACAUCGGCAUGGAAAACCCCACAUCUCUGUUUGGGUCUAGUAGGGGUCAGCCUCUGGGCUGGAAACUCCAUCCUGGGCUACCUGAGCUCCAAAGACACGACGACAGAGUCAGUGAAUGAUAUAUACUGGCGUGCUGUACAGAAAAAAGACAGAAGACUUUAUGUACAAUAGAUAUUUUGUCAUAUGCAUAUAUAUUAUAACAUCAUUGUGUGCAUUUCAGUGCUUUAUGAUGUUUUUGACAAACUAUACUGUAAAUAUAGUUGUUUUAUGAAUAUUAAAUAGAUGUAUUCUUUUGUAAAUAAUGGUUGUUUUUAAUUUAUACUCAUAAAUAUUGUAAACAAAUUGAAAAUAUCACUUUCAAUAUGCAAUGUAGAUAUGCAAAUAAAGACAAAGUUGUCUGGUGACUUGAACGGCACUUCAUAUAAAGUAAAAGUGCUUUGUCAGCUGUCUGUGAACCGCCUCCUUUCACACAUUCAGGUGUCGAGUCAUUCUCCUGCAAUAUGCACUGAACCAUUUGUUUUAUAACUUUGGAUGCA